AUGGCGAAACCCAUCGAUAAUCCCUGCGAGGACGAGCCACAGGCUUUGCCCUUCAGGACUGGAGGUCCCCUGGCUCGCAUCGAAGAAUACACCAUCUUCUACUUCCUGGCCAUCUGCUCAUGGUGCCUGGAGAUCGCUGCAGCAUGCGUAGGAUCUCUCCUAGGAGGACAAAGUCAUCCGUUCAUUGGCACUAUUACACCGUUUCUUGUCAUGCAUUGGAUGGCAUUCCUGCAAACUUGCUGGAUGAUGGCGACCGCGCCGCGCAACUCUAUCGCAGACCGGAUGGCCUACCUCAAUCUUGCUUGUAGAUUCCAAAGACUCUGUGCUCCAACUGCCCUGAUCGGCAUGGUUACCUGGGCAGUCGCAUAUCGGUUUCGCGGCAAAGCCUCCAGUCCAGCGUAUUGGAUUAUCUUUUUGAUCGUUUGGAUUCUCGAAACCGUCGUCUGUAUCAUGAACGUCUACAACAACAUCACCUGGGAGAGCGAUCUGCUAUAUCAACUCGCUCCCGAUGUGCCCCAGGGGAAUUUCUGGCUUGCAGUCCUGGGCAUUCGGUCCAUGUGCCGCGUGAAGCACAAGCAUCACGAAAACAUGGAAAUGGAACUGAAACAAACCUCCAGCAAAAGGGUGUAA